AUGUCUUCACCUGUUGAAUUUAAUUAUUCCCCUCCAAAACAAAGAGAAGAUGGCCAUGUUUACCACAUGCCAAACUUCACAGACAAAUCAUGGCUGGCAAGAGCUAGAAAUUCAGAAGUUCCGGACCUGAUACAUGAUGCUAUUGGGUAUCUGACAGCAGAAGAGGAUCGAUCAAUCCAGAUGAAUCGAAUUCGACCGAACCAAAAAGUCUUCGUCAACGAGAAUGAGAAUGAGUCUUUGACAGCUCAGCAGGUUGACUCGAAGACGAUCCAAGAGGAACUACCUAGCUUCGUCAUGGAAGGUAUCUUGAAGCUGCGAAAGAUGCUUCUCCGUCGAGGAGAAGGCAAAGACUCUGAGAAGAAUAGGUUCGAACAGAUUCUUCGAUCUGGAAAGGGAGGAAAGAGUCGGACUUACACCGUGGGAUGGUCUAUUCCACCCAAUGCAGAUAGUGGCGGAGUUGCAACCGCAACGAAAGGCCACUACAAGCAUUGCGAUGAACUUGCAGAAGCUACGCAAUUGAUCGCCAAGGUUUCGCAGGCGAUUAUCCGAUACGUCACUCCUGCGGAGGAACUCAGAGUACUUGAGCUACAAUCGGAAAUCGAUGUAGCGUACACGUUUGGCAACGAGGAGAAUAGAAACUUCUCGACCAUACAAGUCAACUACUCCAAUGUGAACACAGUCUCUCUGUCCAUCGAGAUGGGCAAGUCUGGGUCAUUACACAUCGACGCGAAGGAUGAUCCAGCGCGAAUGUCGGUGCUUCUGAACUUGUCUAAUCUUGUUGAAGGAUGCUGGCCCGGGACCUUUACCAUAAUGUCACUUCGUGACUACUGGGUAUUCGCACCGUGCGAUGCCCUAGUCUUCCGAGCAAGACAUCCGCAUUUCGGCAUUCCACCAAGGAUGAUGGGAGACUCGGCAAGGGAACCAUACGUUGCACCGAUUCCGGAUCUGGUGUGGAUGGACCCAGACUUAUACAAUUACUCGAGACUCGUCCUCGUCGCCUACCCACAGAAGUACUUGAUGAAUCGUGCACCGACGUUGAAGAGGUACAAAAUGCCCGAUCAUUAUCAGCAAGAUAAUCCAUUGGCUAUCACCUUUCCUCAUGGGGAAGCCUUCGCGCUUACGGCUUGGGGAACACUCAGACACCAGCAUGAAAAGAUCGCAAUGCAAGACGCUUGGAAUCUUGCUCACCGUCACAACAGUGGAUCGUUGGCUUUAUUACCAUCCGCUAAAUCUAUUGCAAAGCGGGAAGCAUGGAAAGACAAAGAUGGGAAUAUCGUUCUACCUCGCGUAUCAAGAAUACAAACGGUUUUGGACGGAAACUCCGCACAGUCUCGAGACUCUGAUCAAGCGAAAGCAUUCGCUAGACUUAGGGAGAUUGCAAAAGCGUCACUCUCCCAAGACUACUUCGAGCACCGGUCGACACACACAGAUGCUCAAUAUGUCAGUGUGUUGGGUUCUUCGCUCAUCAAGCCACCAGAAGUUGCACCUGAGAAGAAACUCACAAAAGCAGCCACUCAUGCGACGUUUGGGGAGAAGCCAUAUCAGUGUCCGCUUUGUGAGAAAAGAGUUCCAGAUCCCUUCUCUUUGAAAGCUCACUUCAAGAGUUCCCACAAGAACGACCGCAUCGAAGUUUUGGAAGAUGUCUUGCCGACGAAAGAUCCAACCCAUCUCAAAUAUCUACAACGGGCGGGGGUUUCAAGUGUGGCAGAGAGCUCCAAGAAGGGUGGGAAGCGUCGGAGAGUGUCUGGAUCGGCGAGUGAUGAGCCGCCAGCACAGAAGAUCAAGGGCGAGGAUCUGGAGGAAGCCAUUGCGAUUUUUGACGACGAGGAGAUUUAG